CACAAGAUGGCGGCCGGUGGGAGCGGCGGGGGCCCCGGGGGCCUCUCCUCCUCCGGCCCGCAGCCGCCGCCGCCUCCGGGCAACGGGGCCGCGGCCGCCGCCUGCACCAACGCCCCCGCCUCCCCGCCGGGCCUCACCUACAACCAGUGCGGGGCCGGCAACCCGGCGGCGGCGGCCGGGGGUCCGGGCUCGGCGGGCGCGGCGCCGGCGCUGGGCGGGGCGGGCGGCCCCCUGCAGCGGGAGCCCGUGUACAACUGGCAGGCCACCAAGCCCACCGUGCAGGAGCGCUUCGCCUUCCUCUUCAACAACGAGGUGCUCAGCGACGUGCACUUCCUGGUGGGCAAGGGCCGCGGCUCGCAGCGCAUCCCGGCCCACAGGUUUGUGUUGGCUGUGGGCAGUGCGGUCUUCGAUGCAAUGUUUAAUGGUGGAAUGGCCACAACUUCUACAGAGAUUGAACUGCCUGAUGUGGAGCCUGCGGCCUUCCUAGCUUUGCUAAACAUCAACCGUUUCCAGCAGGUGGAGAGCCGCUGGGGGUACAGUGGGACUAGCGACAGGAUCAGGUUCUCAGUAAACAAAAGGAUAUUUGUAGUUGGGUUUGGACUGUAUGGAUCAAUACAUGGGCCGACAGACUAUCAAGUAAAUAUACAGAUCAUCCACACAGACAGCAAUACAGUACUGGGUCAGAAUGAUACUGGCUUCAGCUGUGAUGGAUCCUCCAGCACUUUCCGGGUCAUGUUUAAAGAGCCUGUUGAGAUUUUACCCAACGUCAGCUAUACAGCAUGUGCGACACUAAAGGGUCCAGAUUCUCACUAUGGAACCAAAGGACUGCGCAAAGUGAUCCAUGAAUCACCAACAACAGGAGCCAAAACCUGCUUUACUUUCUGUUAUGCGGCUGGGAAUAACAACGGCACUUCUGUGGAGGAUGGACAGAUCCCAGAGAUUAUCUUCUAUACAUAGUGCAGCUGUUGGAAUCAGGUGUGCUGGGUGAACGUUUGUCCCCCCCCCUCGCCCCAAUGCCUUCCCAAAUGAAAUUGCUGGCUGAGGUCAACUGUGCCAGUGGGAGCCACGCUAGCCAAAGGUCUCGCUAAAAUAAUUGUAAAGCUCAUUUUGCCUUGUGCUAGUGAUGCUGCUGCUACCACCACCAUAUACAGACUAACUGGUUUACUGGUGUCAUUUGUAGGUUGCCUGUGGCUAGUAACUCUUCAUUUUACCGAAAACCGUCUAAUUUCGUGGCUUCUUUUAUUGUAAUGAAUGUAGAUGCUUUUACAUCAGUUGGAAGCGUGGAAACAAGUGGCUCUGAUUGUGGUUAAAUUCUCCACUAGGUGACAAUUCUGCAAAAAGAAAAUUCCUAUUGAGGGUCAUAUUGACUUUCUUCUUCCUCGGCCUUACUUGGGAUUGGGAUGAGAGGGUUGCAAGGCCGAUUCAGCAGUGCUGCCAAAAUUGGCAGGUUUCUUUGAGAGAGGUUUCACGAGAAUGUGCCUGCCAUGCUGCCAGGCUGUACGUACCUUCGCUGUUUUCAGAAAAUUAGGGAAACUGGUGUUCACGGAGAUUUUCCUGUUUCAGCACUACAUAUUGUGGGAGACCUCAGAAUGGACUCCCAGCUCCAGGAGAGCACCUCUGCAGAGACAGACCAGCGUUUUCAUGUGGGCGUUUUUGCUAAUUUGAGAUAAUCCUUUAAAUUGGACAGUUAGUGUAACCCAACAGAGUCCCCUAGUGGUUAGAUGAUCCUGUACGGAGGUGGAGAGGCCCAGUA